AUGGAAUCUAAUGUGAAAACUAUUUGUUUGGCUCUUAACAGCAAUUAUCUGAGGGAGUUACCGAAAGAGGUACAGAUGGGGACACACAAAAACCGGAAUUGUGCUGGAAUAGAGCUAUGCAACGCACAAAGUACACAAAGUCUUGGAGUUUACUCAACUCAAGGGAAGAUCACUUUUCGCAAAGGUCGGAAAAGAUUAGAAAUUUGUUUGCUUGUCUUGUGUGGAAUACUUCUCUUGAUUUGUGUCGUGUUAGCUAUUUUGUUUGCCAUGGAACUCGCUAAGCAUAGUGAAGGUAAGACAAAGUCGCCAACGCAUUCUACAAAUGGCCGACCAACUUCAGUGCCAGAACCUACCUCUCGAGCAUUGGAGCCAACAGUCUGUAACACCGCAGCAUGCUUGGAAAUAGCUGCGAGGUUUGCGCGAAACAUGAAUGAGUCAGUAGAUCCGUGCGAGGACUUUUUUCAUUUUGCAUGCGACGGCUGGAUAAGGGACAAUCCGAUUCCACCAUCAGAAAACGAGUUCAUCACCUUCAUCAAAAAGAUUCAAGCUAACAACGUAAAGCUUCGAAAUUUACUCGAGGACGCCACUGGUAAUUACAGUGAUCCAAUAAUGAAAGCCAAGCGAUUCUAUCGUUCCUGUAUGAAUGAAGAAGAAGUUGAGAGAUCAACCAAAAAGCAAAUGCAAGAGCUUAUAACAAGCCUUGGAUCGUGGGCUUUGGACAAUGACACAUGGAAUGGAACAAAGUGGAAUUGGAAGGCUGCCCUUGUCACGAUUCAAAAAACAUUUUUGCAUUCUUCGCCUCUCUUUACUAUCGAUGUGUUAACAGAUCCUAGACAAUCCACAAAGCAUAUUGUUAAGGUAAGCCCUGUCACAAAUACGUCUCACCGUGAACCCAAUUCGACGGCCUUACUGAAGUUACAAACCGAGUUUUUUCGGCCAGGGGGUACAUAAGCCACUCAAAAAGACCUUUGACCCAGCAUCUACUUUCGCAGUUUUACUAUAUCUUCUUUGGUUUCCCAAAAGGAAGGCUGGAUUUCCUUUCAACUGUGUUUUGACCUUGUCAAUAAUUUUUCCCUAUUUUUCUUGCAGCUCAAUGUCCCAGAGUUGAGUCUUAUCCGGGAAGAGUAUCUUGCAAACAGCAGCAAAGUGACAAAGGUAAAUUCUUGCAUAUGACAUCAAAGUAGAUAACUUCAAACUUGCAUUUUUGUAAAUCUCAAUCGGCACUAAACAAAACAAGGAUUUAAAUUGUACUGAUAGCACUUUGCUUCUCAUGUUCUACGCUGCUGUGGUUUUUUUUUUUUGCGAUAUAUAUCUACUGAUAAACAUUACCGAAAAAAUUUUGACUUCGUGGCUUAUCCUGCUGACACUGAAAUGAAAUUCGUUCAGGGUGAGGCCUGAAAUCUAAAGUAGUAGGGGGUGUAAGCAACUAGAACGGCGACGGUAACGAAAACGUCAGUGCAUUAUCGUUCUUUUAAAAUAUAUGGCGGUUAUCUCAACUGGCUAAAUUGGUUAAACGAAACCGAGAUAUCAGAAGAGUUGAAUUUUUAGAGAGCUCAUCAAAGUUGAAAAGAGAGAAAAAAAGUCUCCCGUUGCAUUUGUGCAGUGACGGUAAAGAAAUGUACAAAAAAGUUUGAUAAUUUUGUUUAUCAAACUGGUAGAUUUUCUGAUAUCCCCGUUGCCGUCGUCAUCGUGUUUUCUUAAGCUAUAUCGGAUAGUUUUCGUAACAGCAACGGCGGAGAACUAGAACAAGCCGUUCACGCACAUCGAACAUCGUGCUGGAACCGCAGUUGGCCGAGAGGGUCUGGUGAAGUAAAUCCCAGUCCUCACUCCAGAAUAUUUAACUUCCGUUUCAGUGGAUACCAGUCCUCGCUCCUAUCUAUUCACUUCCGCUACGGUCCGAAUAGCUUUUCACACUAAUGAUGACACAGAACUUAUCCGAUAUGUGACGCACCACUUUAAAGGUCGGCGCUGCGCAGCUUCGUUUCGUUACAGAAAUCGCACUGAAAUCAUCAUUCUUAUGUGUGAACAGAAGCCCUAUCCGGGAUGGUUUUCGUACCGGCGCAAAAGCUGUCCGGUACACUGUGAACAUAGGUCUCACCGCGCCCCACCAAAACCGCCAGCUACAUAGCCAAGAUAAGUCUUCUAUACUAAGGGCCAGUUUAAACAUAUCAAUCUUGUUAGUCCAACUUUAUGCAAUUAUGUCUUUGGCUGCAGUAUGUGUUGUCAGUUUAAUCACCUUGUUGGACGGUGUUUGGCAUUGUUGGAUCAUGUUUGAAAAGCUAUCAACCGGUUUACACGAGCACUGACUAUCUUGACGGCCACUGUUGUGCAUAAAAUCAUUCUUUCAUCGCUGCAUAAGCCUCUCGAUACUACCCGUACUCUACACUUUCCGGUCGACGAAAUACACUUACCCCUCCAAAGUCAAGAGAUUUUUUCUUCUAGGCUACAAUACUUGUCACAUUUGUCGAAACACUUGUCUCGUUAAGCCCUCACCUCCAAUGUUGAUUCAAGUAUUACCCUUCUGUUUCAACACUGAGGAAGAAGAGAAGAAUUACACACAGGGAAAAGUUAGAAAAGUCGGUUGAGUAGGUAUGACAAGCAAAAUGCUCGGUUUUCGAGUAGUGUUUCAACGCAAUUUGACAACUUUUGUGGUAACGAGGCUAAUUAAAAGGCAAAUUUAAAGUAUUAUUUUCCAAAUUGCUGCAAAACAACGGAUCAAUCUUCUAAUUUUUUUUCGAUAAAUAAUAAGAUUAAAAAAAAAAUUUGAAUUUGGGGCUCACCCUUGAUGUUAAAACCUUCAAAUUCAAAGACGAGUACCCUUCAUUAAAACAGAUAAAGAAUUAAUUUAAAAUAAAAGAGCCUAAAAAAUAUGAGUUAAAGACAAAGAAAUCUUCACAGGAUAUUACACCGAGGAAAACCAUGGAUUGGAGAAAACUACGUCCAUCAUGAUGACAAAAUUAGUAUUUCUCAUUGCUUACUUCAUCUUCACAUGGCAACAAUUUCGAAAGAACCUAACCUCUUUAAUAAUUCAUCGCAUAUAAAAAAAUGGAAACUUCUGUUUCUUUUCAGUUGUGUAUGAUAUUUAUUAUUUUUACUAAUUCAAUUAUAGAAGAAGCGCGCAUACUUGGAGUACAUGACAACAGUGGGCAUACUUCUUGGAGGACAAAAGGCUACCACAGAACAACACAUGAGAAGAAUCCUGGAGUUUGAAGAGAAACUUGCGAGGGUAACUAUAUUAAUAUAAAAUUCACUUUCUUGAUUAAGGAUUCGAGUUAAAACUGAGCGUUUUACAUCAAUUUCAAAUGACAACCACCAUUCCAGGGAUAAUAAAGUAGCGUUUUAGGGCACCCAUUUUGUUUUUCUUGAUUUGCUUUUUUGUUUUUAAGAAACGGUCCAGAUAAGAACGAUAGCAACAACGGCAACGAACAUGUUGGAAUGCAAAAAAGGUGCUAACUUUUCUGUUGUCUGUACUUACUUCUGAUUGGCUUAAACAGCAAAAGUUAACAACACUUCAUAAAGCGGUACAUAUAUUCAUCCUUACUUUGCAACCAUCUUCCUUAUAACAAAACCUGGUCUCAGUUUGAAUAACAAAGAAAUCCUAUGUGGGGAACAUGUAAAAUUGUAAACUUUUCUUGGCUAUUGUUUUCAACUCUUGUGAUUGGUCAAAAUCUUUUAAAACAAAAAAACGCCCUUUCAAAGUGGAGUGUAAAUGCAUUUUAUUGCGUAAACGGCCUUCAUGUAGGUUUAUGCAUUCUCUGUGUAAAAAUGAGAACAUUUCUACACGAGGAAAGCACCGUUGCCGCAUAACAAAAGAAAUUGCUAUCCACCUUACCCGGAUCAUUACUUAAGUACUCCUCAAAGAGCCAGAAAUGAUAUGAUAUCGACUUGGGAGAUUCGAAUUUUAUUUUUGUCUCCGUAAAACGCCGCCGAACGGUACCCCUUUGGAAUGAAACUGAAUAAAAGGAAAUGUCGCGAACGAAAGGACAAUACAACCCUCUUUACAUUAUUAGCUGACAUUGUAUUUGUAGUAAGCUUGUGUAUUUGUGUGCUGUGAUUUUUACUACUUUUCGACAUGUAAGCCUUAAAGCUACAAGGAACUUUAUUAUCAAUGUCAUCUAAAUUUGCCAACGUUUACUACUCUAUCUCAAGUCCAUACCAGCCAAUAAUAUAAUAUAAAGUAAGACUGUUGAUUUAUCACACAUUUCCAACGUUUCUAAUGUAUUCUGUUCUUAACGUGCCAUUUUUUUCUUUUUUACACAGAACAUGCCUUCUAAAGCUGACCUUUACAAGAACACCCAUAAAAGUAUGACAAUGGAGGAACUCCAGAAACACGCUCCUCGCGUUAGUAACAUGAUUCAUGCUUAUUCUUAAUUUAUCUUGUUACUUGUACAAAUGUUUAGCAUAUUAGGUGAUUCUGACUAACAUCGAGUUACCAACUACAUAAAUAUUUGUAAGUGGAUUUACUUCAUUGAGUGCAUGCUUAUCAGUCACAAAAAAAUGUCCCCAAGGACGAGAUUGCAAAGAAGAGUUUAAGUUAAAGUUGCUUAUAAAACUCACAUAUUUACUACGGAAAGAAUGAGCUCGAGGUUAUCACAUGUUAACCACCAAUUCUAGAUGUACAAAACAAAAAAAUUAUGCCCUGAAUUUUAGCAGGAAGCCAACUUCAUCAAAGAGUGUUCAGUCUGAAGUACCUUCAUUUGUAAGUUCUAAUUCUAUUAAUAGGUUGACAAAAUCCACAGCUUCAACAGUUCUAGUUUAUAUGUGUCCUAAUAAAUGGAUCUCAGCUAUAAACUGCAAGUCCCCUAGGGCCGGAUUCAGGACCAUUUUUUAACUAGUAUUUCUCAACAGUGGCCUGUUGCUACUAUGAAAUACGUAGCUUUGGAUGGCUUCGUGAGGCACGGCCAUUAAAACUGCGCUGUAUAUUGAUAAAAUUCAAUUCAUCUGAUCUUAUCCUAACUUAAUUAAGGCACUUUCUCGAACUCAGAGCUGUCCACCAAACCGGUCAUUUAGAGAAAAUGAAAUAGGCUUUCCUAAGAUCUAGUUCUCCCAAAAAACCCAACAACCCUAUACAUAUUAUUUAAAAUUUACGAAUUGACUGAUCUUGCUGGACCAUUUUGGUUAAAAGUGAAUUUCUCAUUACGAUGGGAAUGGUCUGGCAGGCCACUUCUGACAAAUGGGAAUGGCUCCUAGUCUGAAACGUAAUACUUACAGCUUGUUUAGAGAAGUAAGCUUGUAAUUCAAAGGCUCCUGCAAAUCACGCUCUGAAGAAAUGAACUUCUUUACUCCAUUCCAAUGAACUUCAAUUUACUGUUUACUCGUAGAGAGGUUUCUAAUGACAAUAAUUAAACUGAAAGUAAGCUAUACAUAAUCGAACCGAAUAAUAAAUACAAAACAAAGAAAGGUACACCGAGAAAAACUAAAGGAAACCAAACAACACACAGUCACACACUGACGGUGAAGAUAUAUCCGAACUUUGAAUGACGAUAACGGUACACAAGCGAUCCUUCAAAAACGGUCACAAACGAUACACUAGACGGCGGAGUGACCUGGAACUUAAAUUAAGCCGACGAAACCGCUGGUCCUAAAUCAGUGGAAACAUCAAGAGUCUUGCAGCUCUUCAGAACCUCUAAUUUAACUGGACCCCUAUGGGUUGUUACUCUUUUGGUUUCGUGAUGGGUUCCAUUGUUAACUUUGUUUGUUCAUUGUUUUCCCAACCAAUCCCGUGAGGUUUUAAUCCGAGAGCUGUAAGGCCACCCUACCUCAUGCUUCUCUCUCUCUUAUCAGUUCCACCAUCUUUACGCUGUCCCUUUUGUCUCACUAGUUUCAGUGGUUGGCUCACUUGAACACCUUGUUCACAGAACAUAAUGUAACACUGAACACUUUGGAAAAUAUCUUGGUUCCUGCACCCGAUUACCUCCGAAACAUGUCUGAAGUUGUACUUGCAGCCAAUAAGACGUAAGUACUUAAAUCUGCACUGGCCUCUUCCUGUAGGGUUUUAAACUUUACGAACUACUUUAAAUGUGUCAUAAACGUCUAUAGUAAAGGCCAGUACCUUAGAUGCAUUAAACUAUGAAUUUCACUGAAUUUAGCCUGCGUAACGGGCGAGAUCGUUAGCGCUAGCAACGUUUUGUCAGAGGAGCUGCAAAUCGAAACCACGCGGACAAUGUAGAGUCUUCGGCGCUCGCUUGUCAAGCCAGGGUGGCUUCGCCAUCAAAACUUUCAAACGUGCAAAAACAGUUCCGUCAGUUACGCAGGCUUCGUUGAAUUCUCCAUACCCAGUAAACUGAAUUGUGGCAGAAAGAACUGGCUUUUCUUCAAUUCUGAUUGGUUGUUGCAGAACCCUAUCAGAUUACUUCAUCUGGACUGUUCUAAGGAGAUUAGUGCCAUUCUUGUCCAGGCCCUUCCGCGAAGCAGAGACCAAAUAUAAAAGACUUACUUCUCACAUCAAAGCAGAGUCGGCAAGAUGGCUGACAUGCAUCACGACAACCAACUACCACCGCGGGCUCACAUUUGCAACCGGAAGCCUGUACAUUGAAAAAGCAUUUGACAAGAAGAUGAUUCCAUUGGUUUGUGCCAAACACAAUUUUGUUUGAGUCCAUUUAACUGUAACUCUUGUUUUUCAAUAUUUGAACUUUGAAUUUUGUUGCAUUUGCAAAGAAAUCCUGACUACAGCAAAGAAAAUUAUACUGAGUGCUACUUAAGGUGGUUUUAACAUUUGACACGCAGAAAAGAAAAAAAAAACUUUAACCAUUCAAAUUAUAACUAAGAACUAUUCAAAUUUUCUUCUGUGAGGAGCACUACAAACAUCCCACUAAAAAACAACAAAACUAAUGUUAAAGCUCUUACUGCAGGUGAAGGAAAUGAUGGAUAACAUAAGAGAAGCAUUUCGAGAGGAAGUGUCCAAUUUGACUUGGAUUGAUGAUACAACAAGACCUAAAGUCUACGAAAAGGUGAUUGUUGGGCAAUCUUAAAUGAACCCUCCAGAAGGGAACAGACAUCGAGUUCUUGGUUAUACAGUACGACAAAAUAAAGACAGUAUAAAAACACAGUAUAAAACCGCAGGGGAAGCAGGUUUUUACGUGUCAAAGUUAACGAAUAACUGCAUGAAUGUGAUGUACUCAAGUCAUCAAAGAAAGAGCAGUUAUACUCGAUUCCCAAGUCUGUUAGAUAAAUAAAAAAAAGAAGCCCAGUGAAAUAAAGUUUUGCUUUGAGCUAAUCUACACUUGCGAUUUUCCACGCAGGAAGAGGCAAUUGUUGAGAAGAUCGGUUAUCCUGAAAUGUGCGUAAACAAGACGUUACUUGAGGAGUACUACAAAGGGGUGAGUAUCAAACGAGCCGAAUACAACAUUGUCUUAGUUGUCUGCCUUAGCAAGUUAAUAUCGUAAAAACGAUUGUUUGUGUAACUGCUUUCAUUUGCAACUUUUUUUAGCUUGAAGUGGAUGAUAAGCGAUUUCUGCUUAACGAAGUAAACGUGAGCAGAUGGUACUCAUCCCAAUCUCUCGUCAAACUCAGAAAACCGUCAACACGAGGACAGUAAGUACGGCACUUUGGUUGACUUUUAAGAAUUAUCGAUAUCAAAGAGGACCCGUUGGCUUGACUGCAAGAAGUUUAUUAUUUUUCUUUGCAAAAUUUUUCCACGCAUAACCCAUGCAACGCGCCAGCGACGAAGUCACGGGUCGCGUUACAAGAGAGCGUAUCCCUUAUUGUAACAUCGUUGUUUGCAAUCACUGGCUGGGAUAAGCACUGGGCCGAUGUUAAGAGAAAAGGCGGACUGUAAGCAGUCUACCUGGAGACCGUGUAUAAAAAACUCUGAUAACUUCUCAGCCAUUCCCUGUCGAUAUUUUUUUUAUCACUUCUAGCUAGGGAACAAAGGUGAUCUUUUAGCUCAUAAACUGGCCAGACAUAUGUUGGCAACUUAGCUGUGGGAUUUUACAGGGGCGGAAGCCACUUUUCCUUUGCAAAUAGUACAUUUUUAACCACUGCAUACAAUUUCAGAUGGUUUAAUGGACCACAAUCUGUUAACGCGUACUACCAAUGGGAGAAAAACGAGAUAAGUAAGUUACAAAUCCGUUAUGAUGACCUUUUUUAUUUGAACAUUAUUAUUUACUUGUAUCCUCUUUAAUGGGCUAGGUCGGCCGAGGUGUUCAAAGGCCGACUAGGGCAAAUCUUAAGUUUCUAGUGUCACUAGUUUAUGUCCUGUUUACAGCCAAACAGCUUAGGAACUGAGUGGGAUUGGAACAGCCCGGCGGCCAACAUCGACACACACUCUUAAAAAAAUACAUUUCAUUUUUUGCAUUUCAGACAUCCUCGCAGGAAUACUUCAGCCGCCAUUCUACCACGGCCGCUUGGCACCACGGUAAGGACGCAUUAUUGUUUCUCUAAAUUAAAGAAGCCCGGCUCUACAAUAAAAAGCGAAUUCAGUCUAAAAAAAUUGGUGUAAAUAACACCUCCAUGCCAGUAAAUUAUUUCUAAGUUGCCUCAAGCCUCAGUUUCAAAGCGAGGUUAACAGCGAAGCUAUUAUACGGAAAUGAUUCUUUAUUCUCAUGCAAAUAAAACUCAUUUUCACAAGAAAGCUUUUACACUUAGUUUCGUUUGGAACUCGGAAAUGGCCUGAAAAUUGAAAAGGUAAAAGAAACUUUUAGUGAUCUAAAGGUAAGAUUCGAACAUCGCCUUAUCUUGCUCUUAAAUUUCGCAACGCUGAACUUGAGGAUGAUAGCCAUUUCCUUUUUUUUGACUACGUUUUUGGAGUUAAAAAAAAACGACUCAAGGAACGAAGUUGGGAAGGUCCAAAGUUGUUUUAUACGCAACGAUUGUGCAACUACACAAAAAAUGAAGAAGCAAGAAGCACUAAUCGUAUCUACGUACCCAGAUGUUACAGGCAAGUUGCUCAUUUGUAUUUGUAUGCACCUGUAUCUAUUCCUGUGUUACUAGUUUGUGGUAACUCAAAGGAAACAAAGGUGUCCCAGUCUUAACUCGCGAGGCAGCUGCCUUGUAAACACGAGGUAAAAUAGAGCACUUGCUUCAGCCUCAGGAGAGCAAUUUUGCUUGGGCAAUACUGGCAGUAGGACCAGCUUGCAUCCCAUUCUCCCAAACUGCCCCCCCCCCCCCCCCCCCCCAUCCCUUCUUCGCCCCCCACACUGAACAGUUCACCAGAGCGAUGAACUAAACAAGAAUAGGGUUCAUUUUUGUGAUGUAGUACUUGGUUUAAAUUUUAUUUUCCUCUUGUUUUUGUCUUCUUAUCUUACCAUACGUAAAAACAAAGAAAAGUAAAAUUUAAACCAAGGAUACAAUACACAACCUGUAUUAAUACACUGUCUGUCUGUGUUCACAGGGCCGCUAAUUUUGGUGGUAUAGGAAUAGUCCUCGCUCACGAGCUUACACACGGAUUCGAUAGCGUCGGUAAGGUGUUCAGAAUCUUGUCAGCUCUUGUCCCUUGUUGUCGACAACAGCUAUGCCUAAUGUAUUCAGAAGACCCGAUAUCACUUGAUUUUUGUUCUAUUUCACAGCUGUCUUUUUGGGUCCUUUAUUACAUCUAUUUUGAAAUCACUGGCGAUCCCUGCAAUCUUAUUGGCUCUGAGCAGUGUGAUUUAUUCACGAAACGCAUUAUUUUUUGUUCUUUAUCACCUCUGUUCUAAAUCGCAUCAUUUCUGUUUUAAAUUGCACCAUUUUUGCUCCACAUCGUAUCAUUGCUAUUUUGGACACAAAAUGAGAUGUAAAAAGACUUCUUGUUUCCACUAUUCAGCAAACCGACGACUAGGCCCUCUGUCUAUUUAUUAUAAAUUAGCCAUUUUUAUCUGUCUUCGUAAAGCUUUCCACGAUAGGUUACCUGUCACAUUAAUCGACCUGAUUUCUAAGAAACGGGUCACAAACUAUUCAACCCGGACUUGCGCUUCUUUAAUUGUUCCAUUUAAAAACACGCGUUGAUUUGAAACCAACUCUGUCGCGUUUAGAGGAUCAGUCAUUAUGGAAUACAUCCAACUUUGAAAUCCCUAACAAAAAUCCAUUCCUUAUCGUGAUCUCAGGCUAAAUUUAAAUCUCAAGCUAAUUUUGUGAAUUCAGCUUCAAGAUAACGUCUGCAUCCAUUUUUUGUAAUUUUAGAAAAAUCGCAUGUAUAUCCUUAAAAUGCUCGUCAUUUCAUAUUUAAAUCGCUAAUUCAGUUCAAACGUUUUGUCUGUAUUUUUGUUCUAGUUUUUAUAUUGUAAUCAGUUCAGUUUCAAAAUACAAAAAUGAGAUUUAAAAGCCUUUUUAUUUCGGAUCAUAGUUUUUAACAAACUAUGUCUAGAUCAAUAUAAGUUUGGUACUGAAAUAAACUGAAUUCUGCAAUUUCAUUAUGGCUGUAAUAAAGUGGUACUUAAACUUCGUGUCAUGCUAUUUUGGUCUGAAAUCAUACUUGUGAUUUCAAAUCGAACUCGCGCUGCGCGCUCGUCCGAUUUAAAAAACACGCGUAUGAUUUCAAACCAAUUCGCACUCCACUCAGAUCGAUUACCAUUAUUAAUCAAACACAACAUAGUGACAGUCCAAUGAGGAUGCUAUGCACUAUAUCAAGCACACUGUUUCAUUUUCCAUGAUUCUCUUUCUCUCAGAUGAAAUCUCGGCCCAUUUUCUCCACUAUCGGAUGAUUUUAACAGAUUUCAGGCCUCCGAUUUUAGCCAAAGAUAUUACAUUUGUUAGCCCAUAAUUUAAAAUUUUAAUCAUGUCGCGGUAACGUUGUUUUCACCAAGUUUACAGAAUCUAAGAAAAUGUUUUUAAGAAAGAGAUCGUUAAGCUAGUAAAUAUUUGUCCAAAAAUUUGGUGAAGUAUCCAUUUUCGUCUCCUGAAUUGAUAAGGCACUUGUAUAGAAUAGCCUAUGAAAACAGCAAAGUACAUUUUUCUCUGAUAACUUGAAAAACCAAACCAAAGAAGCGCAAGUGAGGAGACUUUUUCCUUUUACGCAUUGACUAUUUUCCAAUUGCCCAUAAUACACUCUGUUUGCCCCCCAAAUUUUGCAUAACUUAUUGUCUUAAAAUGCUCUUGGGAAAAUGCAAUACUCCCAGGAGUAUUUAAAAACAAUGGUUUAUGCAGAAUUUGGGGGGCAAACAGAGUGUAUUAUGGGCAAUUGGAAAAUAGAGAAUUCACAUUCUUUGCUCUCCAUUUGACUCUUUCCUCAAAAUUCACUUCACUGAUUUUUUUCCCCUCUUUUUACCUACACAGGACGCCAAUUCAACAAAUACGGUGAGAUUAGUGACCCAUGGUGGAGCAAUUUUACUCUUACUGGUUUCAAUGACAAAUCUCAGUGUCUGGUGGACCAAUACAGUCAAUACCCAUUGGAUAUCGAUGGUUUACAAAUGUUUGUAUGUAUCAAAUUUUUCGUCUAGAUGAAAUUAUUUUUCACUUUGCUCGGUUUCCUUUGUUCUUUUUAGGGGAAUAUAUUACAUAACCCCUCAUUAUUAUUCACUGUCUGGAAAGUUGGUGGCGGCUUUGAUUAGGGAACUUAAGCACCAGACGUUCUCAAUUGAUUCACGAACGGCAUGGCUGGCCGCGCAGAAAUGGAUCGGGGACGCCGUUUACGCGCCAAAUGCAAAUCAUUAAGCAAACCAACGUGAAACCAUCACGAACCCAGACAGAAAUCAGUUGAAAAUGUUUUUCAAAGAUUCUACUACGCUUUUAAGGUGACUCGACCCAGUUUUUUGGGGGGGGUACCAUCCUACUUUGAAGCUCUCUGGUAUCCCCACCUUCACUUUUAUCGUAAGUCUAACACAUAGAAUGGAUAACGUAUAGAUCAAUCUACAAUAUAACAUAAAAUUUUUGGCGAUCGGAGUAAAUGUCACGUGGUUAUAAUGCCACGCCCCUUUGAGGUCUGAGUCGAAAAUCGGCUGUUGCCGGCAUUUUUUUGUGAAAAUCUCUCGGCUACACAUAGUGCGCAUUAGUGCCUUGCGCUGAGCAGAGUUUCACCCAAAUCGCAAAGACCCAAUUCGAGAAAUUCAGCGGUUUCCAAAUUUAGGUCAUAAUUUAUGCGAAAAUGAUAAGCAAACUUUACACGGAUUAUAUCUAAUAAACCAAGAGAUUCAUCCCUUUAUUUUGGGCAUCGUUAUAACAGAUGGGUCCUUGCAAGUCAGCAAAACGCUUUAGGGCCUUGUAAAUGCGCGCGAUUUCGAGCAAAGCAAACAUAUAGAAAUUAUAGUUUUCGCUAUUUGUUGACGUUUGUCAGCGUUUAAGAGUCCUUCUCACGAAAAAAGCAUUUUCUUAAAAAUUCGUAGUUUUUUUCCCUUCAAAUUUUUUCAGGGCCACAAUUGAUUAACGAACUACCCGGACUCUGAAUUUCAUGGCCAUUGAAAAACUGUGACAUUAUCUUCUAUAAGCCCAAACUUGGGUAAACAUUGAAAAUUUUUAGCGUUUUGGCUGAGUUUGUGCUUUGGGAGUUGUCUAUUGUUUCUGGUCUGUCAUUAUACAGCAUUCUUGUUCAGCACGCGUGCAAUGACUACACUUGGCUGACUUCCGAAUGCUCACCGAGAUAUUCCCGUCACGAGUUGGUUUAAUUAUUGGCUUGCAUUAAACCUAGGAAAAAAUGAUAUUUUUGUUAUAGUAAGUAGACUUAGUGUGUAGAACUUCUUGAUUUUUUUGCAAAGACACAAGAAGCACGAGAAUUGAUUAAAAAUUGUUAGUUAAACCUCUAUCUAUCACGCGAUGGCCUGUCUCACUGUACCAAAAUUAUAAUAUCUCGGUGAGCAUUCAGAAGUCAGCCAAGCGCGGUCAUUGCACGCGUGCUGAACAAGAAUGCUGUAUCAUGACAGACUAGAAACAAUAGACAACUCCCAAAGCACAAACUCAGCCAAAACGCUAAAAAUCUUCAAUGUUUAUUCAAGUUUGGGCUUAUAGAAGAUAGUGUCACAGUUUUUCAAUGACCAUGAAAUUCAGAGUCCGGGUAGUUCGUUAAUCAAUUGUGGCCCUGAAAAAAUUUGAAGGAAAAAAAACUACGAAUUUUUAAGAAAAUGCUUUUUUCGUGAGAAGGACUCUUAAACGCUGACAAACGUCAACAAAUAGCGAAAACUAUAAUUUCUAUAUGUUUGCUUUGCUCGAAAUCGCGCGCAUUUACAAGGCCCUAAGCGUUUUGCUGACUUGCAAGGACCCAUCUGUUAUAACGAUGCCCAAAAUAAAGGGAUGAAUCUCUUGGUUUAUUAUAUAUAAUCCGUGUAAAGUUUGCUUAUCAUUUUCACAUAAAUUAUGACCUAAAUUUGGAAACCGCUGAAUUUCUCGAAUUGGGUCUUUGCGAUUUGGGUGAAACUCUGCUCAGCGCAAGGCACUAAUGCGCACUACGUGUUGCCGAGAGAUUUUCACGAAAAAAUGCCGGCAACAGCCGAUUUUCGACUCAGACCUCAAAGGGGCGUGGCAUUAUAACCACGUGACAUUUACUCCGAUCGCCAAAAAUUUUAUGUUAUAUUGUAGAUUGAUCUAUAUGUUAUCCAUUCUAUGUGUUAGACUUACGAUAAAAGUGAAGGUGGGGAUACCAGAGAGCUUCAAAGUAGGACGGUACCCCUCAAAAAAAACUGGGUCGAGUCACCUUAAAGUUCUAACAUAACAAAAGAACAUACAAGGAUUGGAAACUGUUAUAUUGGACAUCAAAUAUUAACAAUUUUAACCGUGUUCAUUACUCACGUUUCUGAACCUCCGGUUUCAACAUGAGAACUCAUGUUUUGAAGUCCGUGACAAUCUCGACCCAGAGCUCUUCUGCGCAUGUAGAGGAGAGAGAUCAAGAGCACAUUGCCAAACCCGUAAGCACUGGGGUCGAGAAUGAAGUCCUUGACUGCUGCCCACAAACGUCUUGAGGUGCGCAGUGGCUGUCAUCCGGUUGGCAUCAGUGGUACCAAGAACGUCUGGUGCUUAAGUUCCCUAUUGUAACAGGGGAGUGCGGGGCUGAAACAAUAGCUGAUAACAAGAACUAAACUAUUCAAUAUAUACUUCCCUUGCUUAUAUUCCCCUCAACAUGUUUAACCGUCCAAGUAAAACAACACAAGUCAGAAUUUUGGAUUUCGAUUUAAUGAACUUACCAUACCACAUUUUCUUGGACUUCAUUUUCUUCGUCGGCAGUUGUCAUACAGCAAUAUUCUUCGAACUAGAAAUUCGAAUUAACGGCCGCGUCACUUUUAAACAAAUUUGACAUAACAUCUCCAGCUGAACAUCUCCAACGUGUACCGGUUGAAGGUCCGAAAGAGUUUCCAAAACUCCUCUGAGUAACUCAUUUAUUUCUAGUAAAACUACUGUUUGACCAUGUUAGCCUGUGUAUUUCGGGACGUCUGUACACAGGCUAGACCAUGUUUGACUACUCCACAUGAAUCGUCUAAUUUCCAUAUUUUAGAAUUCAACCUCAAACAAUUCGAGGCUCUUGGGAAUAAGCAUCUCUAGAGAAUUAAAGCUUUUUCAAAAGCUUUUUGCUUUAGGAAACCUCAAAAGUGAAAAAUAAGCAUGUUAUUUACCUGUCCCUAAGGAGUAUGUACAUAAUAUAUUCACCUGGAACCGCGCCCUCGGGGCGGUACCAGGUGAAUAUAUCACACACCCCCUCGUUCCAAGUAAAUGACGCUUACAAACCUUCCUAAAUUUAUCAGAAACAUAACUUAGCCUGUUUGUUCUUUAAGACAUUAAGUCGUGGUAAAGCCAAUAGGGCCGGGUAUGCCGGUCUUGUUUAUCCCUUCUUUGCUCGUGUGAGCGAGACUCUUAAAUCUAUUACCUCAUCUCCUUUAUUCAUUCAUUCCUCAACUGACGAUGAAAUUUUUAAAUGGUGUCUAAGAGCACGUUUGCAAGAGUGAUUUGUGUUUAGUACGGACAAAAGAAAGGAAGUUAGUUGUCCAUUCCUUCCGAGUCACCUUUCUUUUGUCAUUCUACAGGUUGACGGUAAACUUACCUUAUCUGAGAAUAUUGCAGACAACGGAGCCCUUAAUAUUGCUUUUAGGGUGAGUCUACAAAUGCUUUUAUUCCGUUGAAAGUGUUGAAAAAGGUGUAUUAUUAGGUCCUGUAUCAGAGAUUUUACGCAGAGAUGAUACGGGGCGGAAAUGAAAUCUUGGUGGGCAUCCAAAUACAGUCCAGGCUGCAUGUGCGACCAUCUCUUGUAAGCGACCACCUCCAAUAAACGACCGCCAAUCCAAAAAACCAAACUUUUCUUAGCCAAAGCCUUACAGUUGGAACCUCCAGCAAACGAACACCCCCUGUAAGCGACCGAGACCACUUUUUGGGCCUGACGUUUAAUGAUUUUUAACCCCCUGUAAGCGACCACUUGACGCAUUCUCUGAUAUCUAUGUAUGCUGUGUGCACUAUGCUGCUUAGAAUAUACGAAUAACUUUACUGACAACAUGGAACUACACAUGUCGUAACUUAGACAUUGCAUGCAACAAAUUAUCUUCCAUAAAGUAGAUGUGCCUCGGAAAAGGCCUCCUGUGGUUCGAUUCUUGUAAACGACGACUUAGUCUUUGCAUUUUGGUUGGUUACUUGAGAGAGGUUCGACUGUAUGUUUUCAGCUCCUGAUAUGUUUUGUAACCAGCAUUAGUAGUAUAACAUUGAAACUAUCAAUUUCCCUCAGUUUGGCCAAAGCUGUUACAAAGGAGCUGGGCCAAUAACUGCGUUUUCUACGACGCCGUUAUGAAGAGUAAUAAUAAUGUUCUUUGCGUUUUUAUCCACUUUGAUGGCGAGGAAACAACAUUUUAACAUGGAAAUUUAAUUCGUUGCAAGUGUGUGUGAUACGUACAUACCGAGGUUAAGGCAGACGUUUGGCUUUUUUUAUUAUUAAUAUUAUUUAGAAGCACUUUACAUUUUUCUUCAGUGGUGUGACAGGAGCUAACUCUUUAAAUUGGUCUAUACAGGCUUACCAAAACUGGGUUAGUAAAUAUGGCACUGAAGAGCUGAUGCCCGGAUUGAAAAGGUCAAGCGAACAGUUGUUCUUCUUGAGUUAUGCACAGGUACUAAAAAACUAAUUGACACAUUUUCUUGAGAUUAUCUACAUUACGGAGUAAUACACAGCUAUUACUUUGGAAUUAUAGUUUACUAACUAAUAGUUUAGUAUGUUUUAACAGCAGAUAUUAUCUGAUAAUAUCCCCGCUCGUACUCUCGUCUCAUGGCACUUGAGUGUGAAAACCCUUUUUGCUUUUAUUUGUCUUAACUUUAAUUUUCGCACUUCGCUUUGUUCAUGCAACUAGUCACAGCUCACCUGGUACAUUAUCGUGGUUCCCAAAUGUUUAAUUAAAGAGCAAACGCAUAAAAAUCGAUGCCCCGUCUAAAAAUUACUGGUCGAGCUCUAUUAACUUCGUUAUCAUCUCUUCUCUCAGAUGUGGUGUAGUACGUUUACUCCUACGCAGAUCUUUAGAAGAGCUAAGACCGACACACACGCAUUACCAAUUUACAGGUAAGUAUACUUCACUUCAUCUGACCCGGGUGUUUUUUUUGCGGGAUCGUUCAUCCCUUUCUGCAAAUCCCCAGAUAUCCACUUGGAAACCGUGAAUGUGUGCUACACUUGAAAUUUCUCUACACCACCAUUCAUUUGCCGCCUAAUUUUUCAGGGUAAACGGUGUUUUAUCGAACAUGGAGGAGUUUUCAAAGGCCUUCAACUGUCCAAAAGAAAGCAAGUUGAAUCCUACAAAGCGCUGCAGAGUGUGGUAGGCACUUGAGCAAGCUGGCCAAACUGUAGCCGAUUGUUUACUGCGAUUCCCUGUUUAGUUCCGUUUCAUUUCCAGUGAAAAUGAUUUAGAUUAACGUAGCUAACACGAGUGAACCUAUGAUAUUAAAUGUACAUACAUGACAAAAUGACAUUCCGUUCGAGGAUUUAUCA